GCGUCGGCCACCGUACUCGCUAGUCAUUCCUGACGCCAUAGUGGAGUCAACAUGGCCGGGAAAGGAGCGAAACAGAGACUAUCGGCUAGAAAAGGUGGAUGUGAGCAAGAUGAAGAAGAGCCUCAGUUGCAGGCAGUUUUAGUCGCCGACAGCUUCAACCGGAAGUUCUUCCCGGUGACCAAAGACCACCCGCGGACUUUGCUGCCCCUGGGUAAUGUUGCCAUGAUCGACUACACGCUGGAGUUCCUCACCUCCACCGGAGUGCAGGAAACUUACGUCUUCUGCUGCUGGAUGGCGGGCCAGGUCAAAGAACACCUGCUGAAGUCCAAAUGGUGUCGGCCGACCUCCCCGAACACGGUCCACAUCAUCACGUCAGAACUGUACAGGUCGCUGGGAGACGUGCUCAGGGAUGUGGACGCCAAGUCCCUUUUACGCUCAGACUUUCUCUUGGUCUACGGAGACGUGGUGUCUAACAUCGAUAUCAGCCAGGCGCUGGUGGAGCACAGGCAACGUCGAAAGAUCGACAAGAACAUUUCGGUGAUGACGAUGCUCUUCAAAGAGUCGUCGCCGGGUCACAAGUCUCGCUGUGAGGAAGACGACCUGAUCGUGGCCAUGGACAGCAAGAGUCAGCGAGUUCUGCACUGCCACAAAACACACGGCUUGAAGAAGCUACAUUUCCCAAUGAACAUUUUCCACAACGGAAGCGACGAGUUUGAAAUCAGACACGACCUCCUGGACUGCCACAUCAGCAUCUGCUCACCACAGGUCGCCGAGCUCUUCACUGACAAUUUUGAUUACCAGACGAGGAAUGACUUUGUCAGGGGGAUUUUGGUGAAUGAAGAGAUCCUGGGCAAUCAGAUACACAUGCACGUCACCAAAGACGGUUACGGGGCCCGAGUGUCCAACCUGCUCAUGUACGACUCGGUGUCGUCGGACCUGGUGAGGCGCUGGGUCUACCCCCUCACUCCCGAGUCCAAUUUUACGGACCAGAAAGGGUGGAGCUGCACAUACUCCCGCCACAACGUCUACCGAGGCUCGGGGGUCAGCCUGGGCCACGGCAGCCAGAUGGAGGAGAACGUGCUGAUUGGCUGCGACACCAACGUCGGCGCCAACUGUUUUAUCUCCAACAGCGUCAUCGGCAACGACUGCACGAUAGGUGACAAUGUCAUCUUGGACCACGCCUACAUCUGGAAUCAUGUUCAGGUGGCCAGCAACGUGCGGAUCAGUCAUUCUGUGGUCUGUGACAAGGCCGAGGUCAAAGAAGGCGUCACGCUCAACAAACAGUGCGUCCUGGCGUAUAAUGUGGUGAUCGGACCUCACAUCUCUUUGCCCGAGGGCACUGUGGUGUCCAUGCACCACCCGGCGGAGGAGGAGGAGGAGGAAGAUGACGACGAAUUCCUCAGCGACGUCGCCACGGUGGGGCAGAGCGAGGACCACGCCAAACAGAAAGUUUUUAACCCGGCGGAGGUGGGAGCAGAGGGACAAGGCUACAUCUGGAAAGUCAGCAGUCUGAGUGACACGGAUGAUGAGGAGCUGUCACAUUGUCUGUGGGGCUUGACCUUGAACCCUGAGCUAGAGAGCGAGAGCGAGGACAGCGAGCCCGACGGUCCUGAUGAUCCAGUCAUUCCCUCACCUGAGAUGGAUGAUGUCAAUGUGUUCCAGAAGGAGGUGGUGGGUACUCUACAAAGAGGAUUGGAAGAAAACAUCAGCUGCGACAACCUGGUGCUCGAGAUCAACUCUCUCAAGUACGCCUACAACAUCACUCUGAAGGAGGUGAUGCAGAUACUGACCCGGGUGUUGUUGGAGACCCCGUUCCAGCAGCAGGGCCCACAGCUCACCGCAUCCCAAUACGUCGCUAUGCUUCUGCCGUUAUUGAAGAAAUGGUCGCCCGUGUUUAAGAACUACGUGAAGAGGUCCCGGGACCAGCUGGACUGUCUGUCGGCUUUUGAGGAGCACUUCCUGGAGCAGGACAGCCACUGGGUGGCCAUGUGCAAGAUCCUGAUGACCAUGUACCAACUGGAGAUCCUGGAGGAGGAGAUGAUCCUUCGCUGGUUUUCCCAAGGAGACACAACUGACAAGAGCAAGCAGCUGCGCAAGAACCAGGGGCUUCAGAAGUUCAUCCAGUGGCUGGAGGAAGCCGAGGAGUCUUCUGGGGGAGAUGAAGAAUAGCCGGCGGAGACCAAAAAUCUCUCAUCUUGCACGUAAUAUCCAGUUUUUAACUUAUACCGCCACGUUUUUGUGCGCUGUGAAGGAAACGUUCCAAAAUAAAAGCGUGCAAUGUGGAAA